AUGACUUCAUGUCCAAGAAUGCAACAGCCGCAGAUGACAUACACUGGGAGCUUGCUGUGUCUUCCCAAUGAGACAUUGCUCCAGAUUGGUGGUCACCUGGAUGUGGUUUCGGCCGCUUCAUUCAGCCUUGCCUCUACUCACCUUUAUAAGCUAUCCCUCGGCUAUCCAUCAUCAGAAUGGUCAACAACCGCGUCCGAAACACGACAUGAAACUCACGAUUGGGACUGCAAACCUAUCAAUGAGGACCUUGGCAUCAUUCCUCAGGCUUGUAAUAACGUCAACAGAUGGAAGUUUCUCCAACUACUUCAAAAAGACCUCAAAACAACCCACACAGUCUGCACAUAUUGCCGCGUCUUCCAUCGGCUUCUUCCCCAACCUUCCCUCUACAAAACAGCCUGCCCCUGGAUGGCGCUGGGUCCCAACUAUUGGAACAUCGGCAAACUCACCUUUGACGAUUGCUACCACGCCCUUAACGACCCAGAUAGACCGAUCUCCAGCCUCCGCACAUCCAAAGCUUUGGGGACACAACAAUUCCAGGUUUUUCUCGCCUGGCCGAUCCGAUCAACCAGUUCAAAAACCAUCACUCUCCCAGCCACCAAAACAGCCUACCACCUCCCCUCCCUGUCUUUUGACUCAGACUGGCAGCCCCAUCCUCUCAGCAACUCCUCCCCAGACUCACCGUACAGACAUGUCUUCGUCAAAGCCUCCCUCUCUUGCGCCCUCGUCGAGCUCCCAAGCAGCACCAACAGCAUCUAUUCCUCCUUCAAACACCCCAACCUCCUAACUUACUCCACCCAACGCGUCUACCUCCCCCCCGAAGCCUUCAUCCCCAACCCCAAACCAACCAGCCCCGACACCACCCCAGACGACAGUAGUUCCAACCAGCCCCCCACCCGCCACUACCUCGGCUUCCAAACCUGCCGCCACCAACCCUCCUACCGCCCUGAAACAACCAACCCCCUCCUCAACCAAGCCCCCUACAACGGGGGCCAACCCCGCGACAUCCUCGAAGAAAGCCUCAACAUCUUCUACAACAACGAAAUGCGCUGCUGGCGCCCCCCACUUAGAUCAAAAUCAUCAUCCUCCCCUCCUCCGGGCACCAACCCCAAACCCAACACCCCCCUCCAACCUGAAACAAGCGUCUACCGCCCCCAAGUCUGCCAUCUCUGCCAAACACGCUACCGAGCAGCGGUGUACACCUGGCCUACAGACCCAUCCCUGCCCGCCGCCCAGGAAAUCGUCGUUCACGUCUGGCAGAAUCUGGGGUCUUUUCAGGAAAAACACGGUCACAUGAAGGGGAACUUCCCACAGUCUUGGUUCGCCCCGGCGGGGGGAAAGAUGGAAAAAGGGGAGUACACAAGGGAUGCCAGGCCUGCUUUUUUGAUGGGGUGGGAUGCUCGUCUGGGGGCUAGGUAUUGGGGUGAGUAUGAGGUUUGUGAUCAUGACUGGGCGGUGUUGUAUUUUGGGGAUAGGUGGAAUGAUGGGGUUUGGAGGGAGUUUUGGUGGUGUGGGGGGGGGAUUGCGAGGGGGGAUACGAAGGAUGGGGGGUGGAAGGUUUUAGGAGGGGGAUUGGAGUAG